AUGAAUUCUUCAACUCAACCCACGAUCGUGGAAAGUCUACCCACCAGCAGACGCCAAUUUGACUACAUCAUUGUUGGCGGAGGCACGGCUGGCUGUGUCAUUGCUGACAGAAUUGCCGAGAGCUUGCCCAAUGCCAGCAUUCUCAUGAUCGAAGGCGGCGAAAGCGAGCUGGGUAAGGAGGAAAUUCUUAAUCUCAAUGGCGCGGCUGAUCUUUGGGGAUCCGACAAGUAUGAUUAUUCAUACCGCUCUGUUCUACAGCCCUAUGGAAACAGCAACAUUAUUCAUUCGCGUGCGAAGAUGCUGGGAGGCUGUUCUAGCCACAAUGGCGCGAUUUCAUUUGCUCCACUAGCCUAUGAUUGCAAGAAGUGGCAAGCUUUGGGCGCCGAGGGCUGGACACACGCAGAAAUGCUGCGUCUAAUGCACAAGCUGCGCAACAAUAUAAUACCGGUCGAUGAACGCCAUCGCAGUCAGUUAGUCAAGGACUGGUUGAAGACCUGCUCCGAAUUGUUUGGAGUACCCUACAUCGACGAUUUCAACCGCGAGAUAGAGGAGCGCGGCAAUCUCACGGAGGGAUGUGGCUUCCUCAGUAUCGCCUACACACCGGAGAAUAAUCAUCGGAGUAGUGCAAGUGUCGCUUACAUCCACCCAAUUCUUCGUGGCGAAAUCAAGCGGCCGAACAUGACCAUCCUACAGAACACAUGGGUUUCGCGAAUCCUGUUCCAAGGAACCACUGCUACAGGUGUCAUCGCAACAACCAAAGUUGGGCAUGAGUACUCGCUUGUCGCAAGAGCUGAAAUCGUGCUGUGUGCUGGGGCUAUCGAUACUCCACGUCUGAUGCUGCUUUCCGGCCUUGGCCCGCGCCAACAGUUGGCCUCCCAUCAGAUACCCCUUGUGCAUGAUAUACCCGGUGUUGGAGAGAAUCUACAAGACCACGCCGAAACAAUGUAUAUGUGGGAGUUGAACGAGCCUGUCCCUCCCGAACAGGUGUCCAUGGGGUCCGAGGGUGUCAUGGUGUUACGGCGUGAGGAGAUCAACGCUCGCGGUGAUGAUAACGACGUUAUGGACACUCUCUUCCACAUGUUCACCGUUCCUUUUGACACCUAUACCAAGCCUAUGGGCUAUGAAACGCCCAAAAACGCCUUUUGCGUUAUUCCGUAUACACCCCGACCUGCCUCGGUUGGCCGUCUAUGGCUCAAGUCAGCCAAUCCAAAGGAUAAGCCGAUCCUUGACCAGCGCUAUUUUAGUGAUCCGGAGGGAUAUGACAAGGCUAGCAACCUCUUCAUGCUAAAGAUGGCGCGCCGUAUGGCCCAGUCUGAACCCUUUAAAAAGUAUAUCAAGCGUGAAAUUGCCCCUGGAUCUCACAUUGUCUCCGACGAGGACCUUUGUGAAUAUGGUCGGAAGGUCCACAAUACCGUCUACCACCCAUGUGGCACUGCAAAGAUGGGAAAUGUUCAGACCGAUCGUAUGGCGGUUGUUGAUCCAUCUCUUAAGGUGAGGGGAGUCCAACAUCUUCGCGUUGCGGAUGCCAGUGUAUUCCCUUGCAUGACUUCGAUCAAUCCUAUGGUCACCGUUUUGGCGAUUGGUGAACGAGCUGCCGAGCUCAUCAUCAAGGAUGCUUGCCGACCGGAACGAGCUGUACUAUGA